UGGCCGUGGCUCUUCGCUUUCGGGCAACGCGAGCCACUCAUUUGUCAGGCGCGGAGUCGUCCGGUGGGUCUGUGGCUGCUGCUCGCGGGCUGACUGACUGAGGGGAGGAGGAGGAUGGCCUGCGCUCGGAGCCCUUUCCUGACCUCCUGCGCCUUCCUGGCGCUCUUUCUCCUGGUGCCUGGCGGUUUCUGUGAAGACUGCAUAGAAUACACCAAUUUUAAUGGAAUUCUGAUAUCAGCAAUAUCUUGUCCAGAAUUCUGCUGUGGAACUUGCAACAACCGAUAUUGCUGCUCAGACGACAUGCUAAGAUUGGUUAAAUAUGAGCAACUUGUAUGUGAUCCAGAAAGGUCAGAAUCAGAUAUCGAAUUUGAGAUGUACAAAUCGAACGACUUUGGCAUCGACUCUCAUCCCAGCGGGACUGUCAUAGCUGUUGGUGUUUCCAUAUUCGUACUGUUUGUGGUGACCAUCAUUUUCUGCUUCACCUGUUCAUGUUGCUGCCUGUAUAAAGCAUGCCGAAGACAACCACGGCCUGUUGUGACCACAACUACAGCCACAACUCUGGUGCAGGUGCCAUAUCCUCAGCAGCCUGGGAUGCCACCACAAGGUUACCCUGUAGGGAUGUAUCAAGGAUAUAAUCCUCUGCCAGUACAACCGCAGCAGGGGAUGCCAGCAGCACCCUACCCAACACAGUACCCUCCACCUUACCCCACACAGCCUGCAGGACCACCACCUUACCAUGAAACCAUGGCAGCUGGAGCUCCUGCAGUUCAGCCACCUUAUAACCCAGCAUACAUGGAUCCUCCAAAGCAUUAACUUCAAAUGGAUUUACUGCUCUGUAUCUGCGCAGAAGCCUUUUCAAACAGAAUCUAUAUUGUGGCAUACUUUCUUAAAAUACUACUCUGAUGCAGGUGGGGUAGAAACCCUGACAGUGUUUGUUUGCCUUUUAAUGCCUUGAACACCACAAGAAAGAAAGAAAAAAGAUCUAUCACCUGGAUUUGUUUUCCUAUAUAUCAAUUUAAAUUGUUGAUAGUGUCUUAAAAAGACAACUUCAGAGUAGGAGUCAUGGAUAUGCCAUACAAUAAUUUGAAUUCUAGUGAAAGGGAGUCGUUGAUAAGACGAGUAGCAACAAGUGUCUGCUACCAUGAUUUUGCCAGUAAUUGUUGAUGCUUAUAAAAUGAGAGGUGUACCUCAACAAAAUCAGUGUAAAACUGGAUAUACUUUUUCCAGUUAACUAUUGCAAAGUAAGAUCUAAUGAAAAGAAGUAAGAGAAAUAGUACUGAGUAGAAUGUUUUGGUUUUUUGGCAAGAAAUAGUGUAAGUUGUUAAAGAAAACUUUUCUGUAUUUGUGCAGCAAUUGCAUAGUCAUUUGCUUCAUUAUGCUUUCACAGUUUUAAUUUCAAGCAUGUCAGUUUCAUAGGUAACUUUCCUCUGUCUAAUAUUCCAGUUUCUCCUUUCCUCAAAACAACAACAGCAACAACAACAACCAAAAGUAUUGUACCACUGCAUGAACAUGGUUGAAUGAGAUCAUUAAUCAUCUUAACAUGUCAGACCUGCAGAACAAUGUUAGGCUUAGUAGAAGAGCUGGAUAUAAAUACAUAAAUAUUGUAUUCUCCUGUUCUGAUCCUAAUGUUCCUGUUGAGAGUGCCAGCCAAACAUGCCUUCCUCCGUGUAUAAGGAAGCUUAGGCAUUCCACUCUGCCUCUCCUUUUCAUUAUUUUUCCUAUCUGGCAGUUCAACAUUCCAUGGGUACUGAGCAUGCUCAUAAGGAAACUCCUACAGCAUCAGACCAAAGACUUGUCUAGCACAGCAUUUUGUUUUCUGUAACCAACCAAAUGCCUAUGGGAAGGCCACAAGCCACAGUAGUAUUCUCCCACUCAUGAUAGUGCAGGAACUGGUAUUCUGAGGUAUACUGUCUCUGAUGCUGGAGGUAAUAUAGCCAACAUGGCUAGUUGCCUGUUAUUUUCUCUAUAAAUCUUUCGAAUGCCCCUUCAGAACCAUUUAUUUUCUUUAUUUGAAGGUGCUUAACAGUGCAGUACUCUCCAUACAUACUUGGAAGUAAGUCUCCUGGAGAGCAAUGGGCUUUUAACUCCCAGGUAGUAUAGGAUUGCACCUUAAAUAGACUAACAGAAAUUUGCUUCCAGCUCUUAAUGGGUUUCUGUGCCUGCCUGCAUCUAUCCAUGUACCAAAACCAUCACAAACCACUGUCAGAAUUGCUUUCGCUGUGAAGGAGAAAUGUAAAGAGGAGGCGACCUGUUUUUGGAGCUGCAGUUUCUCAUUGCGGAUUGCUUCUAUGUAGUUAUAAGUUGGGAGUCCCUGCAUUUCUCUAUGUGAGCAACCAAUGCUUUGAGGAGUGCUACUGUGAUCUUUAUACCUUCUUAAACAUCUUUAUAUAGUUCUUUCUGUCGCAUUUUCCUAUUCAAGAAUUUUCUGGUAACAUGACUAAGGCAGCAUCUAUCCUCCUCUAUAAUUACAUUUCACAAAACUCUUAGCAGCUACCUUGUAAUCCAAAAGAUGUAAUUUAGGACAUGUCACUUUCUGAAGAAGACUUCUGUUGCUCCCCUUCAUUUCUAGCAUGAAUAUGCACUCUCCCUUAAAAUAUAUCUGGAAUGUACAAGGUGAGGCAGGAAAAGUAUACUGAACACACACACACA